CAAGAAUUUUACGUGGUUCAGCAGUUAACUUUGCCUAGUCCACGAGUCAAUUUUAUUAAGACUUUGAAAAUUUCAGGAAAUCCUUCAGGGGUGAAUUAUCCAGAGAUUCUCUCAAGAUAUCAAAAAUUCGUCCCUUACAAAUGUUUAUGAUCUCUCUAUUUAUAGAGGGUUUUCAGAGUUCAUUCCCACAUAUUUCGGGAAGAUACUCCUAUUUAUUAAUGAAAAUAAUGAUAUUAAAUUCUGUAACUCCUAUAUACAAGGAAACGUCUCCUGAAGACCAGGGGGCAUAUAACAGACUUGUUAAUAUCCCUUUAAUGUUGGGAAGUUACAACAAUAGAUAUCUUUUAAAUGCGUGAACUGCGUCUCAUCAGAUGACCCACUAAGUUAUUCGAGGUCGGCAAUCAGCAUCAUGCCGGGCCAGGUCUAUAGAUAAGUUAUGAGCUAGGCACCUUUCCCCAAGACCAGCUCAGAGCGGGUAAAUACCACUAAGGCUGUCACACUGCGAGCUUAUACUCAUGCCAAGCUCGGGCUACUUGAUCCGCAGACACCCGACAUCGGGCAUAUCCCAAUGCUAAGCUCUUUCGAGCUCAGAAGAACUUCGAGGUUAAAAAAUGUCUUCGAGGUUGCCAUCUUGAUUCGAGGGUUCGACAUCUGGGUCAUGCACAUGCGUUUAAGAUAUUUCGAGCUCGCAAUUGACUAGUCCAGCUUUCGAGAUCACAAUCUCGGGUCUCGAAAUCUGGGUGUAACAUCUUGCCCCCUCAAAAGUAUUAGUUCGAAUCCUAUGAGAAGGAAACUUUUGAACUACUUCCUUCGGGAACCGUUCCGUCACACACUUGAGUAUGGACACGCGUCAGCUAGAUAUUGCUUACUCAAGGUACUCGAGUACCUUGAAACUCUGCCCAUGAUCGUUCGCCUGCCAACUUUAUGGUACCAUCGUGUCAUUUGUCCCUGGCCGUCGGAUCUGAUAUGGAAUCUGGCCAAUGGCUCAGAUUAAUUCAACUUUUACAAUCCCUGAGGGUCUAUAAAUAUAUCCCCUUUCAUCUUCUCCAUUUUUUCUUCACGUUCAACUUCUCAAAGAGAAAAAACCAGACAUUUUUUGCCUAGUUCUUACAUGUUCUCCAAGCCGAGAAGACAAAGCACAGUCAGGCUUUUUGACUCAGUGAGGUCGUACUUGCAGCCGCUCGUUCGCUCAUCCAUUUCUCUGUUUCCUUCGAUUGCAUUGUGUAAGUUUUCGGUUUAUGGAUUUUUUACGUUAUACAUGUACGUUUUUUUUUGUAUGCUUUUGCCUCUGUUACUGUGCAGGCGAGAUGGGCUUCGACCUUGAUAACAUCUUGGACAGUGGCGGGGCCAAAAGAAGCAAACGCCCGAGAGGCUCACGGAAGUCUGAGCGUCUCACCAAGGUCCUUAAGAGGACUAAAAAGACACCUCCUCCACCAGCUCCGUCUGCUAUGAGCUCGGCUGUGGAGCCGACUCCUCAGGUCAGAGCGUCCACUACGGUCGAGCUCCAACCUCCCAUCAUGGUUCACUCAACACUCGGCCCACCUCUGAAAAAACCCUCGGCUUCCACAACACGCAAGUUGUCAGUUUCUACUCACAUCGAUGAAUAUGUAGUUGACAAUGCAGCUGGAUCCCAUGGGGCUUCGCUCGGCUCGGACAUUCUGUCUCGAGUGGGCCAGAGCUUUAGUGGCUUUGACACUCCUCAUUGGAAGUUUUUGAACAACGCCCGAGACUGCAAUACACUUUACGAGAAGAGUGUCGAGCUUACUGUCGCGGCUCUUGCCGUCUCUGCUCAGCUCAAUUAUAAGCUGAACAACGAGAUCCACUCAAGUAGGUCCUAUGCUCAGGAGGCGAAGGAUCUUCAGCUCAAACUAAAUGACGAGCUCAAGGCAACAAAAGCCAAGGUGGAGACAGGAGCUGAGGAGCUGAGGGCCAAGUCUUCCAAGCUUGAAAAGCUGAAUGCCCGGCUCCCGGAGCUUGAAGAGGAGAAUGCUCGGGUCAAGGAGACCAACGCCAAGCUUGAAGAAGAGAAGGCCGCCACUUUCGAGAUCAUGGAAGGCGAAAAGAGUCGUCUUCUCGAGGAGUUUAAGGAGAAGAAGGACCGGGCAAUCGACAUGGCCAUGUAUAGAAUCUGGGCCAACAAUGUCGACCUCGACACCAGCUUCUUAGGCCCUCUUGAAGCGAAGCUCGUGGCUCAAUGGCAGGCUCGACUGGAUGAUGAGGAGACUGCGCGAGAUAAGGCGGAGAGAGCCAGAGGGAACGCUGAUGCUGAGAAGGCCAAGGAGAAUGCUCCUUCUUAAUUCUUGCCUCGGGGCUGUGUCCCUUUGAAUCUUUUGUAAGAGUCCUUUCAUAUAUUUUGUUUUUUGUUUUUUAUGCCCAUGGGGCCGAGACAAUUUUAUAGCUCGUGAAGGAGCUGGUAUUACUUUUUUGAACUUACUUUAAUAUAUUUUCUUUACAUUUCUUGAGCCGAAAUAUUUUGCACAAUUUAAAUUAAAGUGUCAUAUAUGCCUGUUUGCAUUCAUGCACAGUUUGCUCGAAUUAUCCACUUCCGAUCUCGUUAUUUGUCAAGGUCGGAUAUUACUUUUACCAUGCACCCGAAAGUACUUAUAUGGUGUGUAAUGCAUAUGGUUUAGUGGUAUCUUACUUUUUAGUUGCUUUUUCUCGUCCUCGGUUAGCUCUCCGAGGUUAUGAGGUCGAAACUAUUGUUUUGCAAGAUACUCC